UUUUUAAGCUGAAAAGUGCGCAAAUCUAUUAUAGUUUUAACUUGUUAGCGGCCAUCUUGGUAGUCGAAGUUGCCAAGACUAUAAUUCAAACAUGGAGUAAUUAUCAAAAAGUACUAAAAACCUUUCAGAACCUUAGUAACCAGAGCAUUUUUUUUCAUUUAAACAAACAUACUGUACAAGAAUACGGGGACGAUAAAUUUCGCCCUUGUUAUAGUUCGCACUAAAUGCAUCCGCUCGAACUGGCAUCCGCUCGAACUGACAUCUGCCUGAAUUGACUGGCAUCCGUCAUGCUUAUUUACCUUCUAUUUACCUUCGUUUCUGAAAAAAACUAUCCUAAAAUAAUAAUAAACUAUCUUCUACUUUCACAUUUGUUGUUUUUAGUCCCCUUUACACAUUUACCAGGCAGUUCAGCACGUCUGCUAGCAUAUUAAUAAUUGUGUCCAGCUUCUUAUGUAUAGCCAUUGUAGUCUUAUCCCUGACUACAUUGUCUUGUCCACUAUUCCCACCCGGUGUAUCGUCUGCAGCUGCAGGAAUGUCAUUGUCCUUUUUUCCCUUUGAUGGGCCCUGUUCGCGCCAGAACCGGAAAAAUAAACAGGGUGCCUAGGAUAUACUUUAUUAUGUCUGGGACUGAGAAUUGGUCAAAUGGUCAUACUUCGAGUAGUGGCCAAUUACCUUUAAGUAAUGACUCAUCGCCUUUGAUAAGUGAUCAGUCUACAUUGGGAAGUGAACACAUUCCUUUGAGAAGUGACGAGACGCCAUGUAGAAAUGAUGAACCUUCUUCAGGGAAUGAUGAACCUUCUAUAAAGAGUGACCAGUCUCAUCUGAAGAGUGAAAGGUCACUGUCAUCAGGGAAUGACCAGUCAACAUUGAAGAAUGACCAAACUUCAUUUGGAAGUGAACAAUUGCCUUUAAUGAAUGACCAGUUGUCUGUGACGAAUGAUCAGUCUUUAUUAUUGGAAAGUGAACCUUUGGAAGGUUCCAUGGAAGUUCAGGAGACUCGUGAUCCCAUCGAAAUUGGAUCAUCUGGUGUUAGUGUGGAAAUGGUUGGAAUUACUAAAUCAGUGAACCCAGUGGUUCAACAGGCAGAAGUGAACAGCAAUUCAAAUCCUUUUGCAGAGUAUGAAUGGAUGGGCCAAGAGGAAGAGUUUGAUAAAGAGGUACUAGCAGAGCUUGAGGAAGAAGAAUUUAUUGAGAUCUGUUUUGAGGAAAUGCUAGCUGAGGAAGAGGCAGACUGUUUCUACCCUCCUAUUGAUCUUCCACUUCCAGAUAUCGAGAAAGUACAGGAGGUAGCUAGUGAACAAGUCAUGGAGCAUGUUGGCCACGAUGAGCCUGAAGUGCCAGAGGAGACCCAUGAGUGUGAAGAAACUAGUGAUUUUAUCCUAGGAUCAUCACCUCAGAGGUAGGUGUGGUCAGCAAAAAUGGUUACCAUGGUGUUAAACAUGAUUGGCAGAUGCCUUGUCCCAGUAGAUGGUUGCUAAAAGGGGCGAUUGUAUCUUCCUUGUUUGUUACAAUAAGUUAUAAUUUCAUUACUAUUUUUAUAUUUGUGCAACAUUCUAUUACCAUGGUAUCAUGAAAUGUACGAAAGAAAGACCAAAAAAAAUUUAAUGUUUUGAAAGAAAAAGCAAAAAAAUGUAUCUGUAUAGAAGGAAAAUAAUGUGAAAAAGUUAUGAAAAAAAAUGUUGGCUUAUUUACUAUUCUCUCUGAAAUAAUCCAAUCAUUUUAGAAAGAUUUUUGCUUUUGGACGCUUGAAAUAUGAUGUAGUGGCAAAAUGAAUCUGCUACAUUUUAUCUAAGUAUUUUUUAUUUAUUUAUAUAUUUGUGUCAAAGAUUUUACACAAGACAAUUGCAAAUUUAUGAAGCAUAUAAAUGAAAAAUUGCUUUGUUUGUGUAAAGUGUUCUUCAUUUGUUAAGAUAUUUUGAAAUGCAAUUGUCAUAAUAAUUUUAUUGCGAUAGUUAUCUUACUGUAAAAAUAUAUUGUAUCAUUUUAAGAAUAACAGUAUUUUUCUUUAUUCUUUAUUGCUUUAUAUUAUUUCGGAAGUUCAGAGGUUAAUUUUGCACAUCCAUUUUAGGUAAACGUACCCAAUUUAUUCAUAACAACAAUAUAUUGUUUAUUAGGUAAGCUGUUUUAAUUCAAUAUUCUAUUUAGGCUGAACUAAGUUCAACAAAAGUUUACCUGUUGUGACAUAAAUUUAGUUUUGUAAACAUAACUUGUUCCAAGAUUUAUUUAUGAUAAUAUAAUAUUUUAUUCUUUAUUAUAUUUAUUUCAAAAAUUUAAUCUAAUGUGACAUAAGUAUGGUUUGGUAAACAAUAUGUAUCAAUCCUUUCAAUCAAUCAAUCAAAAAAAUUGGACUCUUUUUAUUUAAUAUUUUAAAUAUUUUUAUAUUUAUUCAAAGUUAUUCAUUUGUAAUAUUCACAUACAGGUAUUUCAUUCUGGUGUUUUUAGGGGCCUUUUUAUGUGUUUUAAUUAAAGGUAAAGUAUUGUUGGAAACCAAAUUCUCUAAAUUUUAUAAUUAGUGAGUUUUGUGGAAAUACAGCUGUUGAUUUAUAAUCAGUAUAUUGUAUAUUGGAUUAUUAUUAUGUUGUUAUUAUUAAUUUUUCAUGACAUGAUUAUUCUUAUAAUUUUUGUUAUUGGUGACAUUAUUAUUAUUAUUAUUGUUUAUUAUUUUUAUUACCUUCAUCAUUAUCAUCAUUAUUCUGUUUAUCAGUACCAUCAUUAUUAUUAUCAUCAUCUUUGCUAUUGUUGUUACAAUUAUAGUAUUUUUUAUCUUUCUUAUUAUUGCGCAUGACACAAAAAAUUGAUUUCUGUUUACACUUUUUGAUUUUAAGUAAUAUUAAUAUUAUUCAUUUUUCUCAAAAAUGUUUAAGAAGAAAGUAUUUAUAGUCAAGUUGCUUUUAUGUCAUACAGAAGAAAUCAUAAGUAAACAAGAAAUGGUAGAAAUUGUUGAAAACAUCAUUAUGUUUUACUUUUGGUUUGUUGUUGAGGCAAAAUGUAUAAGAAUGAGAAAAUGCAUAUAAGCUUGCCUUUGUUUUUAGAAGUACAGUAAACCUUCCAACUCAUAGUUUCGUUGACAUUUUGUUAAAAUAUUUCGAGUAGAGUAGAAUAUCCUUAACACAUACCUUAUUAUAGAGGCCCUUAUAAACAAAUGCCCUCUAGUGUGGAUGUCAUUUUCUGAGGCACAGUUCUUCUUCACAUUCUUUUUGAUGAUUUAAUGAAUAUUCAUGAAGCUUUGAGACUAUACACCAUACAAUACCUUUUCUAGUUGUCCAUUCCAUAUUGUAAGAUUGUUGUAUAAUAAAAUGAAGCCUUGUAAGUCUUUUCAAUACAUACUACAUGACAACAUUCUCCCAAUUGCUCUGUUGCAAUGAUGUAUAAUAUAUUAUUUGUAUAAUACAGUACUGUACUCUGCAAUAUUAAUUAUAAUGUAUAGUGUUAUAAUACAACUUGUAUUUGUAUAAUGCUACUAAUACAAAGUUAUAAUGUGGUGUAGUAUACCCUAUAAAGUAUUAUAUAAUUAUAUUAUAAUUAUUGUGUUUAUUAUACAGUAUUAUACAUUUUUAUACUAUGGUAGCAUAUUGUACUUUAUACUUUUACAUACAUAUACAAUAUACAGUACUCUAUACUUUUACUAUUACUGUGUAUUAUAUUAUAUACUAUAUACAGUAAAGUUAUAAUAAUGUAUUAUACUUUUAUAAUUCAGUAUAUUAUACUGUAUAGUGUUAUAAUAGUGGUUAUGAAUACUGUUUAUAAUAAUGUACUGUAUAAUAUUGUAAUAUCUAUAAUAUAACACCCAUUUGUAAUGUUAUAAUGUAAAUCAUUAUAUUAUAUAAUCUUAUAGUAUAAUAUUGAACUGAUAUGUUGUAAUAAUACAUUGUUUUCACCAGAGACAAUUUUUAUAAUGUUAUAAUAACUCAAAAACAUUUUCGAUUGAUUGUAUGUGAAAAACACCAGCUUAAUAUAGUUCAAAUUCAUAUUUUUGUUCUUUGCAUAUUCAGUUACUGUAUUGAAUAUAUAAAUGACAUUUAUAUAGUAUUAUUUUGCAAAGUUUAAUAGUGAUAAAUUACAGAUUUUGAUGCAAUAGCAUUUUCAUUACAGAAAUGUCCACUGAAUAAUCUCGAAUAAGAAAGUAUAAUACAUAUUCCCAGUAUUGAAAUGCAUGCCAUCGUGUUGGGGUUCAAUAUUUUGACAUUAAUUGUGUCAUCAUCAGGAAUGGAAUCAUCAUUCCUGAUGAUAACAUAAUUAAUGUCGAAAUAUUGAAUCCCUACACGAUUGCGUGCGUUUCAAUACUUGGAGUAUGUAUUAUACAUUCUUAUUUUCAUUACAUGUAUUGAAAAGCAGUCUUUAUUGUCCAUCAAUAAAUAGUAUUUAAAGGUACAGAAUUAUGAUUAACAUGUUAAUAUUGGAGCCUGAACAACCAUUUAUACUGGAACAACAGUAUGUAACAAACAUCUUAUUGGUCACAUAUUAACUGAGUAUGAGCAGUGACCUUGAUUUGGCACUAUUCAUCAUCUGUAUCCAUAGUGAUAGUUUUAUGAAAUAUAAUCCACAAAGUAUUUAGAUUACUGGUACUUUGUGGUCAAGUGUUAUGAGACUGACUUGGUUGUUAAUUGUCUGCUGUAUUUCAUCACCAUUGUUUUCUUAUUCCGCAAUAAAUGUAAAUCCACCAAUA